UUUUUUUUUUUUUUUCUUUAUCUUGUUUAUUUUUUAUCUCUUUUCUUCUUUAUCACAAGGCAUAACCCUGGGAUUUGAUGAUCUAUACAAACCAACUUGUUAAAACAACUCUUAGAUCGAAAUGGGUCUCUCUUGUGCCAAAACAGAUCGUAUGUUAUACGACCACCACCAAAGUCGCCUCUGCCACACAAGCAAUGCCUAUAGCAGACGAACCUCUUACUAACAACAACACGACCUGGCAACAAGCUGUACAACAAGCACAAAAAUUAGUAGUAGACGAAUCAACCAUUGAUCCUAUUGCUUUAGUAGGUCCUGAUCUCGGAGAUUUGAAGUCAAAUAUUGGCAAACUUCUAGGUAGUCAACAUCCUUUUGUCAAUACAGUAGCACAACAUUAUUUUAGUGGACAAGGCAAACAUCUUCGACCCUUACUUGUUUUACUCAUGUCACAAGCAACCAGUGUUACCGUAUCUCAUACAACAAGGAUAAUGGAUUUCCAAUCAAUAGAUCAACCUAUUUCACAUGGUUUGGAGAAUAUGACACCUAGUAGUUUAUUUAAUCUUCAACAACACUAUACACCUAAUCGAACACAUGGUGGAUGUAUCGUAUUACCUACACAACGACGACUGGCAGAAAUCACGGAAAUGAUCCAUACAGCAAGUCUUCUUCACGAUGAUGUCAUUGAUGCUUCACUGACACGACGGAACCUUCCUUCAGCAAAUGCAAGUUUUGGUAACAAAAUGGCAGUGCUUGGAGGUGAUUUCUUAUUGGCGCGUGCUUCUUUGACAUUGGCUCGACUUCGUAAUGCAGAAUGUAUGGAAAUCAUGGCCACUUGUAUUGCCAAUUUGGUUGAAGGUGAAUUUAUGCAAUUGAAAAAUACAUCCUCAUCAACAACAACAUCCAUCAAUGCAACUGAAGAUGGUAUGGUAUCAAAGGAAAAGAAAUCAACAUUUGAUCAUUAUAUGGACAAGACUUAUAUGAAAACUGGAAGUUUGAUUGCUCAAAGUUGUAAAGCAACUGCUGUAUUGGGUGGAUGUUCGGAUCAAGUGAAACAAUUAGCUUUUGAUUUUGGAAGACAUAUUGGUUUAGCUUUCCAGUUGAUUGAUGAUAUGUUGGAUUUUACGGUAUCAGCAGCCGAUUUAGGUAAACCAGCAGGAGCAGAUUUGAAAUUAGGAUUAGCAACGGCACCAGUAUUAUUUGCUUGGGAAGAAUACCCUCAAUUGGAAGAUCUUAUCAGACGAAAAUUCAACAAGAAAGGUGAUGCUGAAAAGGCACGACUUCUUGUAUACCAAAGUAAUGGAUUGAAAAGAACAAUGGCAUUGGCAGAAAAACAUUGUCAACUUGCUAUUGAUGCUAUUCAACAAUUACCACCUUCGGAUGCUCAGGCAGCUUUGAUUCAAUUAUCUCGUAAAUCUUUAACUAGGAAAUCAUAGAAAUAGACUAUUAUAGAAAAAUCAUUCUUUGUAUACAUUUUUUUUUUUCUUUACUCUUUUGUAUUCUUAGACAUAUAUAUCAAUAAAUAAAAAAGCAAAAUUGACUCUUU